UGGGAGCGGCCGGCGAAGACCGGAAGCCGACCUCCAGCGUUUCUUGCACAAACGCAGGCUCCUCGGGGGCCUGUUGAAAGGCUGGACCAGCAGCUCCUGGGAGCGCCUCGCGGGAGCCGGUCAGAAAAUCCAGACCGUUGUGAUCACUGUGAACAGCGAAUGGCACGAGAAAACCUCAGGAAGGUCUUCUGACAUCAAGAUAUGAGUCAUUUGCAGGGGACGACAAAUCUGUUGAUGCUUGAGACGUCCAAUCAGCACGAUGGACAGAAGCCUGAGGAACGUCCUCGUGGUCUCCCUCGGGUUUCUGCUUCUCUUUACUGCCUACGGAGGUCUGCAGAAUCUGCAGAGCAGUCUGUACAGCGAGGCGGGCCUGGGGGUGGCCGCGCUCAGCACGCUCUACUGCGGGAUGCUGCUCUCGUCCAUGUUCCUGCCGCCGGUCCUCAUUCAGAAGCUGGGCUGCAAGUGGACCAUCGUCACCUCCAUGUGCUGCUACGUGGCCUUCUCCCUGGGCAACUUCUACGCCAGCUGGUACACGCUGGUCCCCACCUCCAUCCUGCUGGGACUUGGAGCCGCCCCGCUGUGGUCCGCUCAAGGCACCUACCUCACCAUCAUGGGAAACGCACACGCGGAGAAGGCGGGAAAAGCCGGCAAAGACGUGGUGAACCAGUAUUUCGGCAUCUUCUUUCUCAUAUUCCAGUCGUCUGGAGUGUGGGGCAACCUGAUCUCGUCUCUGGUGUUCGGACAGACGCCCACUCACGGGGCCGUUCCGGAGGAGCAGCUCCUGUCCUGCGGGGCCAGUGACUGCUUGAUGGCCACGGCGUCCUCGAACAGCAGCAGCCGCCCGUCCCAGGAGCUGAUCUACACCCUGCUGGGCAUUUACACGGGGAGCGGCGUCCUGGCCGUCCUGCUGACAGCCUUGCUGCUCGAGCCCGUGAAAGGCGCUCGGCGGACACGGGAGGGGAAGGAGAGAGCACCGCGCGUGUGGUCCGCUCUGCUGUCGACUUUCAAGCUCUUUCGGGACAAGCGGCUGCGUCUCCUGGUCCUGCUGCCGCUGUACAGCGGGUUCGAGCAAGCCUUCCUGGCCGGCGACUACACGAGGUCCUACACCACCUGCGCCCUGGGCAUCCAGUAUGUCGGCUACGUGAUGAUCUGCUUUGCGGCCGUCAACGCGCUCUGCUCCCUUCUGUACGGGAAGCUCGCCGCGCACACGGGCAGGACGGCUCUCUUCGCGCUGGGUGCCAUUACCCACCUCUCCUGCAUCAUCGCCCUCCUGCUGUGGAGACCGCACCCCAGUCAGCUGGCUGUGUUCUUCGUAUUUUCCGGCCUCUGGGGCGUGGCCGACGCCGUCUGGCAGACACAGAACAAUGCUCUCUACGGGGUGCUGUUUGAGGACAACAAGGAGGCCGCCUUCGCCAACUACCGCCUGUGGGAGGCCCUGGGCUUCGUGGUCGCCUUUGGGUACAGCACGUUUCUGUGCGUCAGCGUCAAGCUCUACAUCCUCCUGGGCGUCCUGAGUCUGGCCAUGGUGGCGUACGGAGUCGUCGAAUGUCUGGAGUCCAGGAAGCUGGCCUGGCCGCUUGCCGUCCGGCAGACAAAGCCAGAGGAGGAAGGAGAAGCACAGACCAAAAUGUGAAGCAGCAAACCCCGCGGCAGGUGGGGCGGAGCCCACGGGCAGGAGGGCUUUGCUUGAAGGCGCCUCCGAGUUGACACUUGAUUCUUUACAACGACGUCAAUGGUAUUUCAUUUUUUAUGUGUUUUUUUUUUUCCUACCAAAUUUUGCAGUCCACCAUCUCAUCCAUCUCCUGGUGGAAAUCCAGAAUAUUUGUGAAGGAAUCAGUUUCAGGCACAAAAGAAAGAAAUUUAGGGCACAGUCCGCCAACUGGGACUGGCUUAGACUCUUAGCACCAACAACUGCUGCUUGUUUUGUUGUUGUUUUUAAGAGUUGAAGGCUGCUUCCAAAACGCAGCCCCAAACCAGUCAUUUUACAAACCGCUGAACGACAUUCGGGCCGGUCAGGGACCGCCGCCCGGGGUCCGUCAGGGCCAAAGCCAGAGCAGGGGACACGAGUUCCUGAAUAAAUGCAGUUAUAUCAUGGCGCCGUCUUCCGUCCAGACGCUUUUAUCCUGUACACCCAGAGCACACACGCAGAAGUCAUCAGGUGAGUCACUUCGCAUGCUGUAGACCAUUGGAGGACAACGGGCAAAGGUUGUCCCCAACGGGAUACACAGGUGAGGCUGAUGAUGCUAGAAGCCGGGCAGCGUCCUAAGAGCCAUCUGCCCUUCUUACCCUCAGAACCUACGCGCAUCCAGUCUUCCUUGACGCGGGGGAGCAGCUGGUCACUCGGUCACCGCCUCUCUCUGAGCCGGGCUCUCCGUCCGGGUCUCCGCACCCCUGGCUGCUCUGUGACAGCGUCCCCAUGGGUUUCUCUUUUCUCCUUUCACCCCGGGAGGCUGCUCACCCCUUCUUCUCCACCUGUGCUCUCCUCCCUCGUGUCCCGAGGAGGCUCCCACCAUCUGUGAAUUUGAACAACUACUCCUGCAAGGAGCUCGGGCCAGCCCGGAGACGCUGCCUCCAACAGAUGGCCGUGUUCAGCCGGGCUGGUUGUCGUGACGGUUGACAACAGGCAGGGACUGCUGCUGCUGGACUGUGAUCCGAACAGGCCGGAGGGCGGCUGUCAGGGAAGUGGGUCGGUCACUUCCCACCUCACCCUCCAGGAGCCUGGAAGCUUCUACUCCAACAGCAGAUGUCCCAACCUUGGGUGACCCCCCUCCCCCUCCCCCAGGCUGGAUUAGUGUCCACUCUGAAUGAAAAAUAUUGCAGCCACAUCAGUGAACAAGGAUCCUGAGGCCAUCACGUCAUCAGCGGCGACCGCCGCCCCCGACCCCCGACCGGGAAUGGAGGGAACUCAGGACGCAGACCAGCAGGCAGCCGGCUCCGCAGCGCCCCCAGCGGUGCCCCCUGAGGGGACCUGGACGGCCAGGUGCACAUCAAAGGAGUGAUUUCAGUGAGCCCGGACCUUUGCGCCUUCCCACACACAGAAAAGCGCUAACUCCCUUAGCUUGAGAGGGCUGGUUCUCUUUAAUAGUUGAAGGGCGUAAGAGGAGGGGCAGGCAAAGGCCGGUGCUGCUGCCGCCCUUGGAUCAGCCUGCCUCCCGCUCUUGGAGG